GGCGAGGACGCGCAACGUCGUUUAUGUUGACCUGCUUGCUGACCUGCUUGUAUGGCAGAGUGAGCUCGGGAAAGACUUCCCUCACGGCCAGGGAGAAUCGGAAGUUUCUUCCUCCAGCGGCAUCGGGACAAGGCGCCGGCACGGUAUUCAGCGAUGGGCCCCAUUCUCCCCCUUGAGGCCAUCAUAGGCGUUGUUCGUGCCUACUACGUGUUCGCCACCUUCUUCAUCGUCGUCCUCGUCACCGUGCCAUACCUUCGCCGAACCCUCCUCGCCUACGGAAAAGCCACAGCUGACCGCUCCCCACCAAAGCAUUUCAGCCUCGAGCAAAUCACGGUUCGCAAAUCUUGGUUCUGGCACUUCUACGCCCUGGGACUGCCCUGGACCUGCACCUUGCUGUUUUUGUAUCUGAAGCCAGAGAGCGGAUUCGUCACAAGGGAGGCUUUUGACAGGAGUGGAAGUGGGAGGGGGCAGGUUGGAGCGGGAUAUGUGCAGCCGCCCAUUGAAACGGUGCUGGCGCUUGCGAUGAUGGUUGCACAGACGGGACGACGGCUGUAUGAAAACUUUUACGUGCAUGUGCCGAGCGAGGCAACUAUGCAUGUAGCGCAUUAUGUGCAUGGAUUGGCAUAUUACUUUCUGACGCCGAUUGCUGUUGGCAUUGAGGGCUGGCGACGGGCCGAGCGGAGUCUUGGAUGGACAGACCUGCGUUUUCGACAUGUUUGUGGCAUUGCCCUGUUUGCCUACGGCUGGUAUGAACAGCACCUGGCACAUGUAGCUUUGGCUGAUUUGCGAAUCCCGGGAAAGAAGAAGGGCACGGCGACAUCAACAACAAUAUCGACCAGGAACGUCUACGCCCAGCCCAAAGCACGGUGGUUCAAGCACGUCUCUUCACCUCACUACUUCUUUGAGAUGGUGAUAUAUCUGUCAUUCUGCGUACUGACAGGUUUUGAGAACCUGACUUCCGCUCUGGUGUUCGGCUAUGUCGUGAUUAGCCUAGGAAUCGAGGCAGACCAGUCGUGGAGAUGGUACAAGGCUAAAUUUGCAGAUGAGGUGCCGAGGAACUGGAAAAGGUUCAUACCCUUCGUUCUGUGAGCGACGAUCGUAUCGUUUCUAUAGACCUUCCGUCGCCCAGACUGAUAGAUGUCUUCAACUUCUAGAUGCGUAUAGUAUCCUGUAGAUUUCAGAAUACUACUACGCAUCGCGUCGGACGAUAAUAGAAUCUUAAAUAUCCAUUUCAAUCAGAGGCAAUGGCGAAUGUAUGCCUCAAGUCCGUAGAAGGUCGUCCUCGUAAUGAAAAUAAUGGCC